AUGCAGACGCAAGCAGGUUUCGCCGUCCGCUUUAAUUUUGCUUGCCUUACUCCACACGCUAACCGGCGCCGAAACCCUAGAAUUUCUUCGUAUGUCGCCGGAAGGAAUUUCCGCUGUACUUCGGCUUUGAAAUGUCAGGGGAUUGGACAGCGACUGAGCUAUGGAAAUGGAGCGGCGGCGGAGGAGGAGGAGGAGAGGAUUAAAUCGGUCGGAGAGAAGGAUGUCGACGUGGCUACGGUCGGAAACCUCUGCGUAGACAUUGUGCUCAAUGUUCCGAAGCUUCCGCCGAAAGCCAUGGCUGAACGGAAAGCUUACAUGGAAGAAUUGGCGAAGUCUUCUCCUGAUAAGGAAUUCUGGGAAGCAGGCGGUAACUGCAACGUCGCCAUAGCAGCAGCUAGGUUAGGGCUUAAUCUGGUGACAAUCGGCCACGUCGGCGACGAGAUCUACGGCCGAUUCCUCUUGGAUGUACUUCGCGACGAAGGAAUCGCCAUGGCUGAAAUGGACGAUCCAAAUGCAGUCGACGAAACUUCAUCGACACAAUACGAGACGCUUCUGUGCUGGGUGUUGGUCGAUCCUCAGCAAAGGCAUGGCUUCUGCAGCCGCGCAGAUUUCAGCAACUCCCCUGCAUUCUGGUGGAUGCAGACGCUCUCCGAGGAGACGAAGAAGGCUAUAAGGAGGUCGAAGAUCCUCUUCUGCAACGGCUACGGAUUCGACGAGCUUUCCCCGCGCCUACUCACGUCUGUUUUAGAUUGCGCCAUUGAAGAGGGAACAGCAAUCUUCUUCGACCCCGGACCACGAGGGAAGUCUUUGAUCAACGGCAGUGCCGACGAGCAAAUCGCCUUCGACCGGUACUUGAGGAUGAGCGAUGUCCUUCUGUUAACUUCUGAAGAGGCGGAGCAGCUGACGGGUAUAGAAGACCCGAUACUCGCCGCAAAAGAGCUCCUCCGGGAAGGGACACGAACGGAGUGGGUGAUCAUAAAAAUGGGGUCGCGGGGGUCGAUUCUCGUCGCCCCCACGAGUAUAUCCUGCGCCCCGGCGUUCAACGUGGACGUCAUCGACACUGUCGGCUGCGGAGACAGUUUCGUGGCCGCUGUUGCAUUCGGUUAUAUACACGAAAUGCCGUCCGUCUCUACACUAACAAUUGCCAAUGCAGUGGGCGCCGCAACUGCCUUAGGUUGCGGGGCCGGGAGAAACGUCGCAAAUCUGAAGCGGGUCGUGGAACUUCUAGGAGAGUCGAGCCUAAACGAAGACGACGGAUUUUGGGAGCCACUGCUAAAGAAGCAUCCGGAGAAUGAAAUCACACUGCUCACACAAAAUUCUUUGAAGAAAUCGUCAUGCGAAAUUCUAACCGUGCUAGAACCCGUAAGGGCCGAGGAUGUCGGGACCUGCAACGAAUAA